AUGGGUUUAAACACCACACCACAUCCUAAGCCGUACCCGUUAGGAUGGAUUCAGAAGGAUGUUGACUUACAGAUCACGAAGCAAUGUACCUUCAAAUUUGCUAUCACCAAUCGAUAUAUCGAUGAGGUGACAUGUGAGGUGGUUCCUUUGGAUGUUUGCCAAGUCAUAUUAGGUAGUCCAUAUUUAUGGGACCGAGAUGCCAUCCAUUAUCGAAGGCUUCGCAAGUAUCGACUUGUGAAAGAUGGGAAGGAGUUCCACAUCAACGCUUGCAAGCCUCAAGCUACAAAUAAUUUGCUUACAGAUAAUUUGCUGACAGCUAACCAAGCCAAGAGGUUAGUCAAUUCAUGUGGGCGAUUCGUUUUGUUGAUGAUUCGACCGCAAGAUCAGAGUUCUAGAGCUGUGACAUUGUCUACAUUGUCUUUAUCUCCUGCACAAUGCUCAGACAUAGGGAAAUUACAGGAGAAGUUCAAGGACUUAUUUCAUGAUGUGCAGGGUUUGCCACCACGGAGAGCUGUGGAGCAUGAGAUCCAGUUGGUAGGAGAUUCACCUCUACCAAACUUGGGUUUGUAUCGUACUUCUGUGACGGAAUCUGACGAGAUCAAGAAGCAAAUUCAAGGACUUCUUGAACAAGGAGUCAUCAAACCCAGCUGCUCACCAUGUGGUUCGCCAGUGUUACUUGUGCCUAAGAAAGACGGAGACUGGCGUAUGUGUGUAGAUUAUAGGGCACUCAACAAAAUAACCAUUAAGAAUCGGUAUCCAUUGCCGAGGAUUGAUGACCUACUAGAUCAACUACAUGGUGCACGCUACUUCACUAAGCUUGAUCUCAAAUCUGGCUAUCACCAAGUCCGCAUCCAUGACGAAGAUACUUGGAAAACUGCAUUCAAAACAAAGCAGGGACUAUUCGAGUGGUUAGUCAUGCCAUUCGGAUUAUGCAAUGCUCCAGCUACCUUCAUGCGAUUGAUGAAUGAGGUACUCCGCCCUUUCAUUGACGACUUCGUCAUUGUAUACUUAGAUGACAUUCUCAUAUUUAGUGUCACAUGGGAGGAACAUCUUCAUCAUAUUGCUCAAGUUUUGGAGGUUCUACGAACAAAUCAGUUACAGUUAAAUGGUAAGAAGUGUGAAUUUGGGAAACAACACCUUGUAUACCUGGGAUUCAUUGUUGGUGCAGGAGAACUGAAAGUGGACCUAGAGAAAGUGCAGGUGAUUUCUCAAUGGCCUAUUCCCCAAACAGUGACUGAAGUUCGGAGCUUUAUAGGUGCAUGUCAAUAUUUACGAAAGUUUAUUCGGCACUUUUCACAAAUUGCAGCACCCUUACAUUCUCUAACAAAGGCCAAUCAAAAAUUUGAAUGGUCGAGAAACCAUGAGGAAUCUUUCCAGUUGUUGAAACGGAAGAUUACAGAGGCCCCAGUAUUAGCAUUACCGAAUUUGCAGAGACCAUUUGAAGUGGAAGCAGAUGCAUCGAACUAUGCUAUGGGAGCCGUAUUAUUUCAAGAUGGGAAACCAGUUGCAUACCAUUCUGAGAUGUUUAGUGGACCGGUAUUGAAUUAUCCGACUUAUGACAAGGAGUUGUAUGCAAUGCAUCAAGCAGUGAAGCAUUGGAGAGCUUACUUGUUGGGAAAAGAAGUUGUAGUUCACUCAGAUCAUAAACCUCUUCAGUUUUUAACUACACAGUCUAAGUUACAGCAAGCUCGCCAUAUGAAAUGGAUGUCUUACCUACAACAAUUCAGUAUUGUGAUAAAGUACAAGAAGGGAGCAACUAAUAAGUUGGCAGAUAUGUUAUCUAGACCACCUACACCAGUUAGUUCCGCAUUGCUGGUGGCUAUGAAAAUCCAACCCAUUGUUCCUUCUGAAUAUGCCAAAGGGUACGACACAGAUGCUGAUUUCAACUCAGCCUAUGCCAAGCUGGAACAAGGAAAGACUAGUGAGUUUCAAUUGAAAGAUGGACUAAUGUAUAAGGGAACACAAUUGUGCAUUCCAGAAGAUGGUGACAGAUUGCAAUGGAUUCGUGAGGCUCAUACUUCUAAAGUAGCAGGGCAUUUUGGAGUUGAGAAGACUUUAUUGAAUCUUCGUCGCUAUGUGUAUUGGCCAAAGAUGCAUCUCGAUGUUUCACGAUACAUUCGAGGUUGUGUUCUAUGCAACACAUCGAAGCCUUCCAACAGGAAGUUAGGACUGUAUCUUCCAUUACCAGUACCUACUCGACCUUGGGAGAGUAUCUCGAUGGAUUUCUUAGGUGGCUUGCCUAAAACCAAGUCUGGAAAUGACUACUUGUUUGUGGUGGUAGAUCGUUUCAGUAAGAUGGUGAUUCUCAUUCCAUGCAAGAAGACCGUAACUGGAGAAGGAGCUGCUAAGUUAUUUUUUCAAUAUGUUUGGAAGCAUUUUGGCUUACCUACAUCAAUUAUUUCUGACAGAGACAGUCGAUUCUUAGGCCAUUUCUGGAGGUCGUUAUGGGGAAUGAUGGAUACUAGAUUGAAAAGAAGCACUGCAUUUCAUCCACAGACAGAUGGGCAAACGGAGGUCGUAAACCGGACUAUGGUACACUUGUUGAGGGGUUACAAUUCCAAGCAUCCGAAGACUUGGGAUGAAAGUCUCCCUUACUUACAGUUUGCUUUCAACCGAGCAAUUCAUGGCUCUACACUCAAAUCUCCAUUUGAGGUUUGUUUGGGUUAUUUACCCCAGAGUCCUUUUGAUUUAGCAUUCACUAUGAGUGACCAACCAUUAUGUGGGAAAGAAGAAGAAGAACAUAUUCGAGCACAUAAAUUUCUCGAACGAGUCAGAAAGAUUCAUACUGAAGUGGAGGCACAAUUGAAACGUUCUCAGCAACGAUAUAAAGCUCGCCAUGAUAAGCAUCGUGUGCCAUGUAACUUCAAAGAAGGUGACCUAGUAUGGUUACACCUUGGAAAGGAGCGGCUAACAGGUGAAGGCAAGAAACUGAAGCCUAUUCGUUAUGGACCGUUCAAGAUCAUCAAACAAAUUGGUGAUAAUGCCUUUCAACUUGAAUUACCACCAUACAUGCAUAUGUACUCGGUCAUCAAUGCCGAGAAUCUUAAGCUUUUUGAGCCAUCUCUACUUGAUGAUGAUCCCGACGAAGACAUUCGGCUUCCAUCAGUUGAUGACUUAAAAAUUGAACUAGAAGACCCUUUGCUGAAGGAUUGUAUCUUGGAGCAGAAGGUUCGUGAGACCCGACAUGGAAAGUAUGAGUAUUUUCGUAUUGGCAGUAAAGGGCAACUUCCCAGCAAAUCGAAAUGGUAUAUUCGAGACAAGGCUACUCAAGAAUUUCCACAUCUCACCAUUUAA